AAGGCAGUGGAACCUACAGGGGGGGAAAUGAGGCGCUUUCUGAUUUGGUCUCUGAGCAUCUUGCAUCUCAUCAAAGCGGAGGCCAUUGAGUUGACUGACAUGUUUGGGGAGAUCCAGUCCCCCAGCUUUCCAGACUCUUACCCCAGUGAUUCAGAAGUGACGUGGAAUAUAUCUGUGCCAGAGGGGUUCCGGAUCAAGCUUUACUUCAUGCACUUCGACCUGGAAUCGUCCUACCUGUGUGAAUACGAUUACGUAAAGGUUGAGUCCGAAGACCAAGACUUGGCAACUUUUUGUGGGAGAGAGGCGACAGACACGGAGCAAACCCCGGGCCAGCACGCGAUCCUGUCUCCCAGUUCGUACAUGAGCCUCACGUUCCGGUCAGACUUCUCCAACGAGGAACGCUUCACAGGUUUCGACGCCCACUACACAGCAGUCGAUAUAGAUGAGUGCCUGGAGAAGAGCGACGAGGAACUGGCUUGUGACCACCACUGCCACAACUACAUUGGUGGCUACUACUGCUCCUGCAGGUUCGGCUACCUCCUCCACUCUGACAACAGGACAUGCAAAGUGGAAUGCAGUGACAAUCUCUUCACCCAGAGGAACGGGGUGAUCAGCAGCCCGGACUUUCCCAAUCCCUACCCGAAGAGUUCAGACUGCCUGUACCGCAUUGAGCUGGAAGAAGGGUUCUUCAUCACCCUGCAGUUCGAAGGUGGCUUUGACGUUGAGGACCACCCAGAAGUCUCCUGUCCAUACGAUUAUAUCAAGAUCAAAGCUGGACUUAAAGAGUUUGGGCCUUUCUGUGGAGAAAAAUCUCCGGGACGCAUCGAAACCAGAAGCAACAGUGUCCAGAUCCUCUUCCACAGUGACAAUUCGGGAGAGAAUGGAGGCUGGAAGCUGGCCUAUACGGCAAUUGGGGAUCCGUGCCCGCUGGUGGAGCCACCACUCAAUGGCAAAAUCGAGCCCUCGCAGGCAACGUACACCUUCAAAGACCAGGUGGUCAUCAGCUGCCACACCGGCUACAAUGUCCUCAAGGAUGACGUGGAAAGCGAAACGUUCCAGAUCGAGUGCAUGAAGGACGGGACGUGGAGCAGCAAGAUCCCUGUCUGCAAAAUGGCAGAUUGCAAGCAGCCGCCUGAACUGGAGCACGGCUUCGUCACUUUCUUCACGCCGGACAACCUGACCACGUACCAGUCGGGGAUCCAGUAUUCCUGCCAGCAUCCCUACUACCAGAUGGUUCCCAACGUCACAGGAAUCUACGCGUGUGAUGCCAGCGGGGUUUGGAUCAGUGCCGAGUUGGGGACGCUUCUGCCAUCUUGCCAACCAGUUUGUGGUCAGCCAACUCGCCCGCUUCCCACUCUCGUCAAGCGUAUCAUCGGUGGGCGGAACGCAGAGCCCGGCUUCUUCCCAUGGCAAGCGCUCAUCGUGGUGGAGGACAUGUCCCGGGUGCCUAACAACAGGUGGUUCGGCAGCGGCGCUCUCCUUUCCGAAUCCUGGGUGCUGACCGCUGCCCACGUCCUCCAGUCCCAACUCCGGGACAACACCAUCAUCCCGGUCUCCAAGGAACACGUCACCGUCUACCUGGGCCUCCACGACGUCAGAAACAAGAUGGACGCCGUCAACCGGACAGUAGAGAAGAUAAUCCUCCACGAAGCCUUCGACAUCCAGAACUACAACCACGACAUCGCUUUGGUGAAGCUGAAAGAGAAGGUGGACAUGGGUCCGUACGUGAUGCCGGUUUGUAUCCCGCAGUUGGAACACGAGCUGGAAGGGCCUCAGCCCAACACGCUGGGCCUCGUGGCCGGCUGGGGCAUCUCCAACCCCAACGUCACCGUGGACGACGUCUUCAGCUCAGGUCUGAGGACCCUCUCGGACGUCCUACAGUACGUGAAGCUGCCAGUCGUGCUUCAUGCCGAGUGCAAGACAAGCUAUGAGUCCCGGUCGGGCAACUACAGCGUCACCGAGAAUAUGUUCUGUGCCGGUUACUACGAAGGCGGGAAAGACACUUGCCUCGGAGACAGCGGGGGAGCAUUCAUCAUCCAAGACCUGGGCAGCCAAAGAUGGGUGGCUCAAGGACUGGUCUCAUGGGGUGGACCGGAAGAAUGCGGGAGCAAGCAAGUCUACGGGGUUUACACCAAAGUCUCCAACUACGUGGACUGGCUCCAGCAGCAAACCGGAUGGACAUUCACGGAUCCCGGCCUGAGGAGAUGA